AUGAAGAACCCCAAGGAUGAAGGAAAGAAGAACUACAAAGAUAAGGAUGAUUUUCUCAGUCUCAGGCCACCGAAUAAUCGUGGAAAGAGAGCAAGAAAAUCUCCCUUAAAAAACCCUCUUCAGAAAAAGCAAGUUCCACUCACCAUUCGCAUGUUGGCACCGUACACAGCGUCCAACAACCCCAACAUGCAUGAUGCUGCUCAUGAGGUGCAUGUAAACACUAUUCCUCCACCCUUUCCUUGGGCGAGGGAUCGGCGAGCCACCGUGCACACGCGCGAAUACCUAAUGGAAAAUGGCAUCGUUACCAUCACGGGGAGCGUGGAGUGCAAGAGGUGCAAGGUCAAGUUCGAGAUGGGGCUUGAUCUUGAGAAAAAGUUUGAUGAAGUGUGGAAAUUCAUUCAGAAGAACAAACACGAUAUGUCUGAUAGGGCACCGGAUAACUGGGCGAUUCCGGUGCUGCCAAAAUGCGAGCAUUGCGGAGGAGAAAACAGCGUCCAACCCUACCUUGCUGGCACUAAGAAAAAACACAUUAAUUGGUUGUUCUUGUUCCUCGGCCAAACCCUCGGAUGCUGCACGAUUAAGCAACUCAAAUAUUUCCUCAAGCACGCCAGCAUCCAUCGCACCGGUGCCAAAGAUCGGGUCCUUUAUUCUACCUACAUGACCCUAUGCAAACAGCUUGUUCCUGACUGGUUCGAUUCUUUGUGA